AUGGAUGUGUGGAAGGUUAUAUGGAGUGCCACGGUUUUACCAAGAGUGAAACUAUUCGCUUGGCGGGCAUGUCUUGACGCAUUGCCGACAAAGGUCGGUCUCCAUAGACGAGUCCCUGCAAUUAGUGCAUUGUGUGGGGUGUGUGGGGUGGCGGAAGAUUCAGCUCUUCAUUCUUUAGCCUUCUGUCCCUUGGCCCAAGGUAUAUGGGCAAGUAGUGAGAUUCGUCAAUGUGUGCCUCGGGGAUGCUUGUCUGUAGCAGAGUGGUUUGCGUACUGUUUUAAGUUGAUGGAUGACGGAGAAAUGUGUCUCUUUCUGACCACCUGUUGGGCGGUGUGGGGGGCGAGAUGCAAGAUGUCGAUCGAGGGUGAGAUGUCGCCCCCUAAUCAAACUGCAGCAUAUGCCGCUAAAACAUGUGCAGAGGCUCGCGAGGCUAUUGACGUGGUGAAGACAGCAGGUAAGAGUGUGGGGGCUGUCACGAGUCAGGUGAAAUGGCAAGCCCCGAGCGAUGGCUGGCUGAAGAUCAAUGUCGAUGCGGGGCAGGCUGGUGGGGGACUUUCGGGUCUGGGGGUUGUAUGCCGCGAUAUGGAGGGCUCCAUUUUGAGCUGCGCUGCUGUCCAGAUGCGUGCAAACUGGGAGGCGCCUAUUGCUGAAGCUCGCGCUGUCCUUGAAGGCGUGGUAAUGGCUAAAUCUUUGGGGCUACAGAAGGUGAUUAUUGAAAGUGAUUGUCAACGAGUUGUGCAAGCUCUACAAAAGCAGGAGAAGGGCUCUAGUAGUUUCAAUUUAAUUAUAGAUGAUAUUUUUUCUGUAAUUCCUUCAUCCCUUCAAGUUGUGGUCUUUUGUUAA